GUAUAUGAUGACAAUUUGAGUGACUUUGAUAUUAUUAGAAGUAUAAUUGAAAAAAAUGAUCAAGAAGACGCUUUUUACAUCCUUAAUAUUGAAGAAAUUAUUAAACAGCAUAAAAAAUGGUUUGCAAUGAUACCCCGAGUUUUUCCGCACUAUGCAAUAAAGUGCAACCCAGAUGAUACUGUCAUACGUGUGCUAGCUGCUCUCAAUGGAAAAUUUGAUUGCGCUACCAAGCAAGAAAUAAAACAAGUUCUGGAAGCUGGUGUAAAAAAUGACCGUAUAAUAUUUGCAAACCCUACUAAAUUACCAUCUCAUAUUAAGUACGCGGAAAAAGUUGGUGUCAGUACAAUGACAAUAGACAACGCGGCAGAAGUAUUAAAAAUAAAAGAACUUUAUCCUGAUGCUAAACUUGUAAUAAGACUUGCAAUAGACGGCGAAUCAUCGGGGAUGAAAUUCAGUGAGAAAUUUGGCUGCAAACCUACAACAGAUGUUAUUAAAUUGAUGAAUUUUAUAAAAAAGCAUAAUAUGUAUUUACGUGGGUUCAGUUUUCAUCUGGGGAGUCCUUGUUAUGAUACAGAUGCUUAUUACCAUGCUAUUAAACUUUGCAAUAAAUUUAUUGAGACUGCCCGUGGCAUGGGGUUUGAUGAAGCUAAUCUUAUUGAUAUUGGCGGAGGGAUGACUGGUGAAGAUCAUGAUUUAUUUGAAAAGGUAGCAAAAUCAGUAAACGCUGCGCUGAUUGACGUAGAUCCUUCAAUAGAAAUUAUCAGCGAACCUGGAAGAUAUUACGUUGAAACAGCAUUCACAUUAGCAACUUACAUACACAGUAAAAAAAUAAAAGAAGACAACGGUAAAUUAACUCGUCAUUAUUACAUUAAUGAUGGAAUUUUUGGAUCCUUUAUCGAUAAACUUUAUGGAGUUGAAAAGACACCGUUACCUUUAUUAAAAACAAAUGAAAAAAAAUAUAAAUCUGUUGUUUGGGGACAAACAUGUGAUUCAAGUGACUGCGUGACAUCAAAAGCUAUGAUCGAAGACCUGGCAAUCGGUCAGUGGAUGAUAUGGAAAGAUGUUGGGUCAUACACUGUUUGUUUGGCGUCCAACUUCAAUGGAUUUUUACCGUCUGGUGUUUUGCCGAUUAUCAGAAAAAGUGCAAUGAAAAGUUUUUUAGAAGACGUAAAAACUUUGCAAGGGAAAAAUACUAAACCU